CAAUUGCAACAAAAUCUAAGCAAAAAGAAAAUGUCAGAUCUCAAAUAUGAUUACCAAGAAGGAUCAAAGUUUCCAGCUGCAGCAUUAACAACCAGAGUUAUAACCCUGGUAACGCUGGCUGUAUCUAUGGGUCUAUUGAGGUCCAAUAGUGUGACCUACAAAAUUGGUCCAUCUCCGGUACCCUUUGCCUACAAAGAUGUUGCCACUUAUGAAUAUGUUUUCUUCGCCAUGAUUGCUGGAUUUGCCUAUACCUUAUUGCAACUCCCGUUUGCCAUUUUCUUCUUUUUGAUUAAGAAAAGACUCAUCAACAAUAAUGCAUUUAUCGGGUUUGAAUUUUAUGGUGACAAGAUAUGCUUGACAAUACUAGCUACUGCAGUCGGGUCUGUAUUUGGUGCCACGGUUGAAACAAGAAAAGGUGCUUCUUUGAUAACUCAUUUUGACGGCGGGUUGUAUGAUGCAAACGAUUAUCAUUCAAAAGUGGAUGAUUUUUGUAUGAUAUCCUACAUAUCAGCUGCAUUUCUUCUUGCGGGAUUCCUUUGCUCAAUGACUUCUUCAAUCAUGUCUUCUAGAGCCCUAGCAAGAAACUAUUCAUAAUUUUUUUAAGGAUUUAAGUGGUGUAUAAUUAUCCAAGGAGAGACCAAAAAAUAUUUGUUCACAUGUCGGAUCUAUAUACACUUACAACAUCCAUACAUGCACUUUAUUUGUUUGUAAAACAUAUUUAAGGGACCCUGAUAUCUUGUGUAACCUAACAAGCUGAAAUAAGACCUACAAAAUAGUUUGAUCGA